AUGCUAUUGUUAACAUCGUUAUCAGUUUGUCUUAUUAUAAUACAAAAUGCAUAUAUAUUUGCUUCAUAUUGUGGGGAAGAUGCAAUUCCAUUCAGUUUACAAGCACUGCAAAGUGGUCAACCGGUAUUGGGAUGUGCACGGCCGUCGUGUUUUGGUUGGGGUGUUAAAACUGAUAAGGGUGCUCGAUUCUAUCGGAUUCACAGAAAGAAUGAUGGAUUUAUGCGUCGUACUGAUCUCAAGAAAUAUGACAAAGCAAAAACUAUGGCACGAGAAUCACAGCUAGCUUUUUGUGAAAAAAACUAUGCUAGUUCAUCAUGCGAUGAGAAUAUGCAGUGGGUUGGUGGAUUGUCGCCAUCAUCAAAUAUCACUACACAACCGCUGUUAUUGAAAUGCUGCACAUUUGAUAAUUUAAAAAAUUCGUGGGACCGUGGAAUUGCAGACGUAAAUCCAGGACAAAUUGUUGUUGGUGGUGAGGUAAUGAAAGAUGAACGACAAUAUGCAUUUGAUUAUAUUGCUAACAUUAAAAAAUAUUCCAAAAAAAAUGGAAGUAUAACAUAUAGUGUAACAAUUCGACGAUUUUGGUGUCUUCCAUAUCCGACAAAAUCUAAUCUUUAUGGUAAAAUUAUUGAAUAUCUUAAGUAUUUAGUAGAAGAAAAUACUCUUCCGUAUAUUAUGGAUAGAAUGACAAGAAAUUAUGAAACGAAUAGACAACCUGAAACAAAUUCUAAACAAUUUACGUCACAGAUUUUUGUCGUUUUAUUUCGACUAAUUUUGGAAAGUGAAAAUGCAUUAUUUUUGCAGCAGUUUGAUGAUAGAAUCAUCACAUCAAUUGAUUCUACAAAACAAUUUAACAAAACAAAACUAUCCUCAGAAACUUUACAUCGUUCUGGUCUAUCUAUUUCACCAAUUAAAGACUUCACAUCUACCGUAACACAAUUUACUUCAACAAAUCAACAACAACAAUCAAUGAUGCCACUUGAUAGCAAUCAAUAUUUGGAUGCUUCAUCUAUUCAAAACAUACGAUAUGUACCUCAACAAUCUUUCAUACAGCAACAAGAAGCGCAACUGUACCCAUCAAUAUAUGAAUCAUAUUCACAAAUGCAACCACAACAACAACAUCAUGCGCAAUCAUUGCUAUAUGAACAACAAAUGCCUUCAGCACAGCAAUUUGCGCUUCAACAAUCUGUACCUUCGCAUUCUUCACAAUUUCCAUUAUUUCCAUCAUUUGAUCAGCUUGUUUGA